AUGGCACACCAACUUUGAAAGGCAACCUAGCAAGCCACCAUAUUAAUACAUUAUUACGUCCUGGCCAACUACCCUCCAAUGAAUCUCUAUAAAUAAUUACUCCCAAACUUCAUUUGCUAUCACUGAGUCACUCACUCAUUCACUAUUAACCAAGUCAACUAGUUUUUAACAAACCUCAACAAUGGGGUUCCUUUCCUUUUUCUUCUACUCUCUCUUUUAUCUUUCAAUAUUUUUCAUCAUGAGACUUUUGUUCAAAUCAAGAAAAUUCAAUAACCUGCCACCAGGUCCAUUUUCUCUUCCCAUAAUUGGUGACCUCCACCAUCUCAAACGCCCCCUCCACCGUACCUUUAAGGGACUCACCGAGAAGUAUGGCGACGUGAUUUCUCUUUGGUUUGGAUCACGUCUUGUUGUUGUCGUAUCUUCUCUAUCUGAGUUCCAACAAUGUUUUACAAAAAACGAUGUUGUGCUAGCAAAUAGACCAAAAUUUUUAUCAGGAAAAUAUAUCUUUUACGAUUAUACCACUUUAGGAUCUACAUCCUAUGGUGAACAUUGGCGUAACCUUCGUCGUAUUACUUCUCUUGAUGUCCUUUCAAACCAUCGGAUCAACAAUUUUGCUGGAAUCCGAAGGGACGAGACUCAGAGGUUGAUCACCAAGUUGGCUGAAGAUUCAUCUACUGACUUUGCAGAAGUAGAACUCACUUUUCGGUUCUUUGAUAUGACGUUUAACAACAUCAUGAGAAUGAUCUCUGGAAAGAGGUACUAUGGAGAAGAUUGUGACAUGUCGGAUAUUCAAGAAGCAAGUCAAUUUAGGGAUAUGGUAGCUCAAUUGUUGCAGUUGUCAGGAGCGAAUAAUAAGACUGAUUUCAUGCCUUUGCUUAAGUUUCUUGAUUUUAAAAGCUUGGAGAAGAAAGUGAAACAUAUUGGUGAAAAAUGUGAUGAGUUCUUGAUAGGACUCCUUGAAGAGCAACGCAACAAGAAGGAACGUACAAAUAUUAUGAUAGAUCAUCUUCUAAAUAUGCAAGAAUCACAACCAGAAUACUAUACCGAUCAAAUCAUCAAAGGUCUCGUUUUGGCCAUGCUCCUUGCUGGUACUGAUACAACAGCUGGCACUUUAGAGUGGUCGAUGUCUAAUAUUUUGAACCAUCCAGAAGUACUGAAAAAGAUAAGAGAUGAAUUGGAUACUCAUGUAGGCGAACAUCGUUUGGUAGAUGAAUCAGAUCUUCCAAAACUCACUUACCUUAAAAAUGUUAUCAAUGAGACACUUCGAUUAUACCCUCCUGCUCCUUUGUUAUUACCACACUCGAAUUCAGAAGUGUGUAUUAUUGGAGGAUACAAAGUACCACAAGACACUAUAGUAUUGAUGAAUGUUUGGGCUAUUCAAAGAGACCCCAAACUAUGGAGUGAAGCCACAACUUUCAAACCCGAGAGGUUCGACAAAAAAGGAGAGUUAGAGAAGUUGAUCGCGUUCGGUAUCGGAAGAAGGGCUUGUCCAGGAGAAACCUUGGCCAUGCGUGCAAUUAGCAUGACUUUGGCCUUAUUGGUUCAAUGUUUUGAUUGGGAACUUACAAGUGAUGGUAAAAUUGAUAUGGUAGAGCAAGAUGGAUUCGCCUUGAAAAAGUCAGUACCCUUAAAGGCCAUGUGCAAAACACGUCCAGUCAUCAACAAGCUUUUCAAGUAAUUAAUUUUGUGUCGCACUUAAAAGAUUGUCCAAUGCUUUUCAAGUAUAGUAAUUAGUUUCUGUUGUACUGUACUUAGUAAAAGAUUGUCCAAUUAAGUAUUAAAAAAAAAAAUCUGAUCGGUGUAUUUGGCAUAUGUGUAAUAACAUUUUACUUAGAAGUGCUUUUGUUAA